AUUUACUAGUUUUUCCGCCAAAUAUCACGACUAUACUGACUUAAAGGAGAGGUUUUCCUUCAGCAUAUUAGAAGGAACGGGAGGAAUUAAUUAACAGCGUGGCGUUCUUGGGACAUUGAAACCGGAAAAGUGAAGUUGUUUGCCCACCAGCUGGUCUGCGGAUCCCCCUGUUAGCGCUCCAACUUCUGUGAGCCAGCCGAGAUGAGCGGACCCGAGGUGGCCAAGACGCCGGGAGGUGGGGAUCCUGGAAAAGAAGGAAAGGAGCCAGUGGCCAACGGACACGCAGGAGAAAACACCGACGCCAACCCGUUUGCCGAGUACAUGUGGAUGGAGAACGAGGAGGAGUAUAACAGACAGGUGGAGGAGGAGCUGCUGGAGCAGGAGUUCUUGGAGCGCUGCUUCCAGGAAAUGCUGGAGGAGGAGGACCAGGACUGGUUCAUCCCUUCACGUGAUCUCAACAACCAGGGGGUGGGGCAGCUCCAGCAGCAGCUCAACGGCCUGUCGGUCAACGAUCACCACGGCAACCUGGAGGAGGUGGCGAGGAAGAGCAUCUUGAAUCCUGAAGCAAAGGAGUUCAUCCCGGGGAAGAAAUACUAGGAGUCCCCCUCACCCCCAUGGAGCUUCCACGCGCUCACACACCAGUCCUCGCACAUUAUCAGAGACUCUUGCGGUCUAGGCCGCUUAGACACAGUUCCUCACACACACAUUCACACAGACACACACACUUGAAGUCAGUGGCGUGCUGGCAGGCCCAGUCGGGGGGUGGGGGGAAUGCUUUUUGUUUUUUUUUCCCUUUUUGUUUAUUUUUCCUUUUUUCUUUUUCUCUUGAAUCUUUUUAUUCCCUGUUUGUUUCUUGUAAAUUGAGGGACAUUGGGAACAGGGGUUGGGGAGGGGUGUGGUACCAGCACCGCCCUACUGCAGGCGCUAGCCCAUCAUUGCAUUUCAGGUAAAACACGGCUGAUGUUUGCAGAGCACCCAGAUCUCACUGAAGUUUCCUUGGAAAUGAGGCAGCUACCUAGGAGUGAUGCCGGGACAAAUUCAGUCUAAAAAGCAUAAAAUGUAAAUUUUAUUUUGGGGUUUAAAAAAAAAAAAGAAAGGAAAAGAGAAAGUGUUCAUUUGUUGUCUUUCAGUUUUGGCAAAAUAAACUUUCUACAAUAGGUUGAAGGCUUCAAUGACAGUCAUGUUAAAGGAUUAACAUUCCAGGGGACUUGAUUGGGUUUCUGCCUCUACUCUGAAGUCAUCAGUUGCUCAAAAACCAUUAAUGUUUGCUCCGACGAUGUCAUCUGUGACGUCACAGCUCUUGUGCAUCUACAGAUGCGGGUUCUUAUUUGUAUUCGCAGUGGCUCCGUUGCAAACCAAAUAGAGACCCCACACUCCUCGCCGUUUCGUUUUACUCGAUCAGAACAGGUAUAAUUGUAGAUGAACUAUUAUUUUUCCAGUUUUAGAUGGAAAUCCAGGUUUAUAUUACAGUGUUUGAGAGCAGGGGUGGAUAAUGUCCAUAUCAUGCAUCAACUCGAGUGUUGUAAAUGUGAAUACGAGAGGUCAGGGCUUUUUGAACCUUAAGGCGGUUUGUUUUUGUUUAAGGGUGUGGCAGCUCGCAGUUUUGUUACAGGGGAAGUAUUGGGUCUGAGGCGCAGCCACUGCCUCUUUCUGCUGGAAUGACUUGGGUUAUUUUUCAGCACCAGAUCAACUGUCCAUCAGGAUUUUCCCAAUAGUCUUUGCUCCUCCUCCAGGAGGAUAGAGGAGGCAGAUCAAAUUAACACAGUAUCGAAGCAUGUGGUGGACAGUACUCGAGGAAUCUUUUAAUUCAUGAAUCUUGGUGUCCUGGAAGCAUCCCUCCCUCCGUUUGUGAGUAAUACUAUCCAUUGAAAUUUUCAGCCAAAAAAGCUGUACAUAUGCUUUUCAGGAAAUCCAUUUCGUAAUCGGCAGUAAUGCGUAAUUAUGAAGUCUGUUUUUCCUAAUGUGGUCAUGUUGACUUAAACAAAACAAAAGCUAGAGCAGUAUAUGUGGUGUCAGCGGGGAUAGUAUUUCAUUUAACUUUUCUUGGUGUUGAGAGCACAGCACGCUGGAACGGGCGGACGAGCAGCACUUCUGUCCACCCUGGCUGCUCGUCCGGUUUCCAGUGCGCUCUGAGAAAGUGUAGCUGAGAUGGCGAAGUCUUGGUUUUAGAGGGGGACGUCCUCAAACAGUAUUGGACCACAUCUGUCGAACGGCACUCUGGAGAAGCGAAUGGGAAUGUCCGCCACGUGGAUUGUACAAUACAAAAUCAUUUUUGGUGAUUUUUCCUUUUUUUUCUUCUUUUUUUCUUUCGAGUUAGAUGACAGAAGCCGUUUUAAAAGGAAACAACAAAAAAAAGGUUCAGAAGAUGCAGAUAUUGAAUUUCAGUACAAAUAAAAAUAAUGAAAAAAUAUGAAUAAAGAUGUUAAAGACAAAA